UUACACUUUAUUUUAGGUAAGUUUAAAAAAGAAACUUCAACUUUUAUUAUAUUAGGCAUCAUUUUUACACACUCCUUUGAUGCCUAAUUAUGUCUAAUAAUUUAAGAAAUGAAAUUAUUAGACUUCGUCAAAAUGAAUGAAGGCAGGCUAGGCGAGCUGAGAUAAACCGCCGCCGAAAUAAAAGAGAUGAGCCCAGGCGAGCUGAGAUAAAUCGUCGUCGAAUUGAAAGAGAUUAGCCCAGGCAAGCUGAGAUAAAUCGCCGUCGAAUUGAAAGAGAUGAGCCCCGGCGAGCUGAGAUAAAUCGUCGUCGAAUUGAAAGAGAUGAGCCCCGACGAGCUGAGAUAAAUCGUCGUCGAAUUGAAAGAGAAAAACAAUCAAUGAGCCCCGGCUCAUUGAUUGUUUUAAUUGCAUUUUUAAUUUUCUUUUAUUUAUCUCUAGCUGCUGCUUCUUCUGCUACAACUGCUUCUUCUGUUAUAACUGCUGCUUCUUCUGUUACAACUGCUGCUUCUUCUGUUACAAGCUCGAAGUCAUGGGAAGAUUUCCGAAAGUAUCGCUCCCAGCAUCCAGGCCCUCUAUCUAUGAGGGCCUUCCAUCGCUGGUGUUUGUAUGGGGACAACCAUCCUUCCUUUAGAUGGAGGGAUGGCACCCCAUACAACACGGGGAAUAGAGCGGAUGCUGGGAGGAGAAGACAACGUGGCUCAAAAGUUGUCAAUAAUUUUUUUACAUUUUAAAAUGUAAAGAAAUUGACAACUUUUGAGCCACUUCAUUUUUUUUUUUUUUUUUUUGUAUUUUUUUUUUUUUUUUUUAUAUAUUUUUGUAAAUUUAUUUUUGUGUUGUUUUUUAAUUUUUCCAAUGAAUGUUAAAUGUUAUCAAAGUAAAUCAUUUAAAUAAAGACACCUUUAUCAACAAUGCUCAUUAACUAGAAAUAAAAGUCACGGUCAUUCAUUUGAUGAAGUUAAUGUUUAUCUCAAAGGGAUUUGGUUUUCAAACAAUAAAAAUUCUAUGUAGCACCUUCCAGAACUAAGAAUAUAAGUGUGUUGUGUUAGUAGUUUAAAAUAUGUAUAAUAAACUCAGAAUAACUCAAUAACCCUCAACAAAACUAUGAGCUAAUUUUGAAAUUCAAGUUGAGCUUUUUUAUUUAUUAAUACCUCCCCUCCCAAUAACUCUAAUUUUCCUUAAAAAACUAAUUUUUUUGUCCUUUGAAGGUGGUUCUGCUAUUUAAUUAAUUGUUGUGAUGUUUUAUGCCAAUAGAUUUAGCUCACAUUCAUGUUGGUCUGUCAGGGUUAUGUAAAAA